AUGAAAGUGAAGAUAAAAAAGAGAUCAGAACACAUUUCUACAAAAAAAGGUGAUCAAAAAAUGGGUUCUAAACCAGCUGCAGCAAAUCCAGAUGACUACAAACUCAAAGACACAAAGCCACAACUCGGUGAAAGAUGGCCACAUGGCGGAAUAAGAGGAGGUGGAGGGUGGAUAAGCAGUGAUAGAGUCACAAGCACAUACGAUCUUGUAGAACAAAUGUAUUAUCUUUAUGUUCGUGUUGAAAAAGCAAGAGAUCUUCCUAUCAACCCUUUGACUGCAAGCUGUGAUCCCUAUGUUGAAGUCAAACUCGGAAACUACAAAGGAAAAACACAGCAUUUUGAAAAGAGAACAUACGCAGAAUGGAAACAAGUGUUUGCGUUUUCAAAAGAGAAAAUACAAUCAACUGUUCUUGAAGUUUACGUGAAAGAUAAAGACAUGAUCGCAAGAGAUGAUUAUUUAGGGAAAGUCGUGUUUGACAUGAAUGAAGUCCCAACACGGGUCCCACCAGACAGCCCGUUAGCACCUCAAUGGUAUCGGUUAGAAGAUCGAAAAGGAGACAGAAAAAUCAAAGGAGAGGUAAUGCUUGCAGUUUGGAUGGGGACACAAGCGGAUGAAGCUUUUUCGGAAGCAUGGCAUUCGGAUGCUGCAACUGUUCAUGGUGAAGGUGUUUUUAGUGUGAGAUCAAAAGUUUAUGUUUCUCCUAAACUUUGGUAUCUAAGAGUUAAUGUAAUCGAAGCACAUGAUGUCGAAUCGGCUGACAAAAGUCAACUCCCGCAAGUUUUUGUCAAAGCUCAACUCGGGAACCAGAUACUAAAGACGAAAUUGUCCCCAACAAAAACAACAAAUCCGAUGUGGAACGAGGAUUUGGUGUUUGUAGCAGCCGAGCCGUUUGAAGAACAGUUAGUUCUCACGCUCGAAAACAAAGCAACUUCAAAAGAAGAGAUCGUGGGUAGAAUCGUCCUUCCACUUACCGCGUUUGAAAAACGGUUAGAUCAUCGAACUGUGCAUUCAAAAUGGUAUAAUCUUGAACAAUUUGGAUUUGCUAUGUUGGAAGGUGGACAAAGAAUGGAGCUUAAAUUCUCAACUAGGAUUCAUCUAAGAGUGUGUCUAGAAGGUGGUUACCAUGUUCUUGAUGAAUCCACAAUGUAUAUAAGCGAUCAACGCCCCACGGCCCGCCAAUUAUGGAAAAAACCAAUCGGAAUCCUCGAGAUCGGGAUUUUAAGCGCGCAAGGACUUCAAGGGAUGAAAACGAAAGACGGAAAGAAAACAACAGACGCGUAUUGUGUCGCGAAAUACGGACAAAAAUGGGUGCGAACUCGUACGAUUUUGGAGAGUUUUAACCCGAAAUGGAACGAACAGUAUACGUGGGAAGUAUACGACCCGUGUACGGUUGUUAGUUUGGGGGUAUUUGACAAUUCCCAUUUGGGCGGGAAUGGAAACGGAGGGAGUGGAAAGGAUUCGAGAAUUGGAAAGAUAAGAAUCCGGUUAUCCACAUUGGAAACGGAUCGAAUCUACACGCAUUCGUAUCCACUUCUUGUUUUACAACCUUCGGGGUUGAAAAAAACCGGUGAGUUACAAUUAGCGUUUCGGUUUACUUGUUUAUCGUUAGCGAAUAUGAUUUAUCUGUAUAGUCAACCUUUACUUCCUAAAAUGCAUUAUCAACAUCCGUUGACUAUAAGCCAGCUGGAUACAUUAAGAUAUCAAGCCAUGAACAUUGUGGCAAUUCGGUUGGGAAGAGCUGAGCCUCCGUUAAGAAGAGAAGUGGUUGAAUACAUGUUGGAUGUUGACUCGCAUAUGUGGAGUAUGAGAAGAAGUAAAGCGAAUUUUUUUCGGAUUGUUUCGGUUUUCACAGGUGUGAUUUCAAUGAGUAAGUGGUUAGGAGAUGUUUCGAAUUGGAAAAAUCCUGUAACUACUCUCCUGGUUCAUGUUCUUUUUUUUAUAUUGGUUUGUUUUCCGGAGUUGAUUCUUCCAACUGGAUUCCUGUAUAUGUUUCUUAUCGGAGUAUGGAAUUACCGAUUCCGUCCACGUCAUCCGCCACAUAUGGACACGAAGCUGUCAUGGGCUGAAGCUGUUCAGCCGGAUGAAUUGGAUGAAGAGUUUGAUUCUUUUCCUUCUUCAAAGCCACAGGAUGUGACAAAGAUGAGGUAUGAUAGGCUUAGGAGUGUGGCUGGAAGGAUACAGACAGUGGUUGGUGAUAUUGCAACACAAGGGGAAAGGUUUCAGGCGUUGCUGAGCUGGCGGGACCCGAGGGCGAGCUGUUUGUUUGUGCUUCUUUGUCUUGUGAUAGCUGUUGCUCUGUAUGUGACGCCUUUUAAGCUUGUUGUUUUGGGGAUGGGUUUGUUUUUGUUGAGGCAUCCGAGGUUUAGAAGCAAGAUGCCUUCAGCGCCUAGUAAUUUCUUCAGGAGAUUACCAGCUCGAGCUGAUAGCAUGCUUUGAGGAAGGAGAAGUAAAGGGAAACUAUAGAGUGUUUGGUAUACGAUAUUGUCUUCAUUUUGUAUUAUGAUUUGAUGUUUUGUUUCGAUUGAAUGUUCAAGUUUAAGUGCUUCAAAAAUUCACUAGCUCCAUCUCAUAGACAGAGUAUAUUUUACUGAUUCAAACUUCAGAAUUUAUGAAAUCUCAUCUGAAUUUGAGGACAUUGU